UCUACAAUCAUAAUAAUCCAAUUUUCUCCACAUUUCCCUUUAGAAAUAAUAAUGUCGAUUAUUUCAAUUUCUUCUUCUUCAACCUUCCUUCGUUCCACCAAUAUCCAAUCCCACCGCCGCCGCCAUGGAUCCAACCUUAACACAACUCACAUCUUACCUUUCCCAACUACCACUAAUCCCAAAUACUCAACUUCUUGUAGACAUAAUAUCGAUAUGGCCAUUUACAGCAGCGGCGACGCCAAUGGACUUCCACCUCUUCCUCCUCUCCCUGACACUCCUUGGCCAUUAUGGGUAGCUGGAGUGCUAAUGUCUGCAGUUCUAUCCAUUUGGCAGACCAAGAGCUAUUGGGGUCCUUUUCUAACCUUAAAAGAGAAAGUUGAUAAAGUGGUGGAUGUGGUGGAGGAGGUGGCAGAAAUGGUGGAGACGGCAGCGGAGAGAGUGGAUAAGGUGGCGGAAGAGAUUGCGGAACAUCUCCCGGAAGGCAGCAAACUCCAAAAGGCUGCAUUAUUUGUCGAAAAUGCAGCCGAAAGGAUCGCUAAGGAUGCGGAUUUGGCAGGAGAUAUUAUUGAUAAGUGUCAAGGUCUUAGGGGGAGCCUAAGUCAUUGCUGUCAAAGAAGGGAUUCUUAAUCUUAGGGGAAGCCUAAGACUCAGCUUCAGAGAAGGAGUUCUCUGUCUUAAGGGGACAUAAGAGUUGUCGAUGAAGGGAGUUCACUUAUCCAAGAAGAAGAUAAUCAAGUUGAGAGGAGUCCCACACACUAUCGAAUGUCGAAUUUUCAGAUGCUAAUAUUAACAUACUUAGGGAGAGCCUAAGUUUAGUUGAGA